AUGGCAACACCAACCUCAUUAUUGUUGCCAGAGCAACAGCAGCAACAGGCAGGAGAAAUAGGGAGUAAUUCGGAAGCAGUGCCGGGAAGUUCCUCGGCUUCUUCAGGGUCGAUGGGAUCGUUCUUUGCAGUUAUGUCAAUCUUAGUGGUUCUUGCAAUUGUUUCAUGUGUUGUUGGAAGAAUGUGUAGAGACGGUAAAAUAGAGCAUUCCAUGUCUCCAUUGGAUGGUAUAAGAUAUAGUGGCUGUUUUGGGAGGGUGAGGAGGAAAUGGAGGACGUGUAUGGAUGGUCAUGAUACUGAAGUUGGGGCAAAAGUUGUGGAUUUUGGUCGAGAGGGGAAGGAUGUUCAGGCUAAAGAUGGUGAGGUAGAGGUUCCUACUAGAGUUUGA